GAGAGAGAAAGAGAAGGGGAAAGAAAAGGGGCGGAAAGGGUUAGGGUUGGGUUUAGAAAUUUAUUUUUUUAAAAAAAUAUUCCGACAGAAUUCCGUCGAAAAUUUAACUUUCCGACGGAAUAUUUCAUCGGAAAGUACAAAUAUUCCGAUGGAUUUAUAAUCCAUUGGAAAUUUCCGACGAAACAUAAAUCCGUCGGAAAUUUCAGUUUUUGUGACGAAAGUACGUGCCCGUCUGAACCAUUUCGUCGGAAUUAGGCUGUUUUCGAGUAGUGAACUUUUGCAUAUCAUUGGAGUCGAAAUAAGGAACUGCUACGGGCAAAGGAUAGAAAAACACGAUUAGGCGAGACAUAGUGCUCGUCAUUGAAUGAGUAAUCCCAAGUGCCUAAAGCCAAAUAAUGGGAUUCCAGACUCACUUUCUAAAUUUUAUCUAAAAAACAUACAAAAGACUCACUUUCUCAAUAUAUAGAUUGUUUGCCCUGUUCCUAUUUAAAUUAUUAAGUAUAAGUAUAGGAAACAACUAUGCUAGAGUUCUUACAAGGUACAAUCUCCAUAAUAUCAGUAAUUAAAUGACCAACAUUGCCAAUUAAUGCGUAUAUAGUCAGAUUCUCUUUCUCCAACACGUCAUGUAUAUAUAUGCGUGGUGGUGGACCCAUUAUUCCUUGAAUAGAAUACACUAUCUUACAAUUCCAUAAGACUUUGUACAAGUCUUCUUAAUUUAGUAAUUGACUUGUCAUCAUUAAGUUGGAAGUGAACCUAAACCUACGUUUAAAGUAUAUUAUACGUCAUGGAAUUGAAUCCUACACAAUACCAAGUCAUCUCCAUGAUACAUGUUCACAACGUACCAGAUUUACAUAGUGUUUGACGAUUAAUAUUGACAUUGACGCACUAUAUAUACGUACAUAGGUGAUGCAUGUAUGUUAGCUUCAACACCAUAAAUUAUAAUCAAUUUGAACUGGCCAUGUUCAUACGCAUUAUUCGUUGCGUUUUUAUUGGGUUAAGAUUAUAUUAUUGAACCACUUUGUAAUUAUUCUAAUGUAAGUCUCCCCUAGCCAACCAAAGGAAUAUAUAUAUAUACAUUACAUAUAUAAAUUUUUUGUAAAUAAACACUUCAACUUCCUUGCUACAUUUUUUAUGUCUUGGCUACAUUCUUCUUAGCCAGAGGCUAUUACCAUUUUGUGUAUGAGUAAGCCAAGUCGAUUAUCGAUAUUGACGGUGAAAAUGAAAGGUCUUGUGCAAUGUCCUGCCAACUAUGUUCCUCUCACUCCAGUUAGUUUCUUGGAAAGGGCUGCGAGAGUUUCUCCUGACCAGAUUUCUAUGGUGUAUGGAGAUGUCAAUUUUACUUGGAAACUAACUCAUCAAAGAUGUUUGAAACUUGCUUCUGCUCUAUCAUCUCAUGGGAUAUCUUAUGGUGACUUUGUUGUAGCAAUGGUUCCAAGUACUCCAGAACUAUAUGAACUUCACUUUGGUGUCGCAAUGGCGGGUGGUGUUCUUUCAACUUUGAAUCCAAGCUUGGACAUAAUUACUCUUUCCACAAUAUUGGAGGAAUUAAUGCCCAAAUGUAUAUUUCUUGACCAUCAAAACAUCGAACCAGUUGUCGAAAUUCUCAAUCAUCUCAAUGACAAACUAGUCAAGACCCCUCUAUUAGUCCUUGUGUCAAUUUCAUCUACUUGUGCAUCAACAUUACCUAAUAGUCUAUACUAUAAUGAGAUUCUUGAUAUGGGUCGAUUCGAUGAUUUUGAACCUAUUAUGCCUUAUAAUGAAUGUGAUCCAAUUUUAGUGACUUACACGUCUGGUUCGACUGGUCAUCCUAAAGGUGUGGCGUAUAGUCAUAGAGCUGCCUACUUGAACGCGUUAGGAGAAAUUCUUCGAAGUGAUUUAAGAGAGCAAUCCAAAGUCGUAUUCUUGUGGACUGCGGAUUUGUUUCGAGCUAAUGGAUGGGGGUUUACAUGGGCAAUUGCUGCCCUUGGUGGAACAAAUGUAUUUCUUAGCAACACGAAUGAUGGUAACGUACUCUACUCUAUAUCUUUGUACAAGGUCACUCAUUUAUCUGGUCACCCUAGCAUUUUAUCAACUAUCGUUGAGGAAAAUCAUAGGAAUGCUAGUGAAUAUGUUCUUCCACAUAAGGUUUAUGCUCAUGUUGCCGGUGUUAUGCCACCAUGUGAUACUAUAAACAAGGUCGAAAAUAUGGGGUUUGAGGUUGUGCAUAGGUAUGGAAUGACCGAGAUUCUAGGACCUCCAGUGAUUAACAAAUUGUGGAAUAAUAAUUGUGCCAAAGCAUUAAAUAGUAAUGUCAAUAUUAUGGAUCAUUUGAUGGAAGAGUUCGAUGUUAAAGAUCCAAAUACAAUGAAAAGUGUACCUUGUGAUGGCAAAACAUUAGGGGAAGUCAUGUUUAAGGGAAAUGCUUUGAUGAUGGGAUACCUUAAGGCUCCUACUAUGACUAAAAAGGUUUUCAAGGGUGGGUGGUUCCACACGGGGGACUUGGCCGUUAGGCAUCAAGAUGGUCGCCUACAACUUAAGGACCGUGUCAUUGAUGCCAUCGUAUCAAAGGGAGAAAGCAUAAGUAGUUUGGAGAUCGAAGCAGUGUUGCUAACUCAUCCAAAAGUUCUACAAGCCGCGGUAGUUGCUAUGCCUGUUGAUCAUGAUUCGAACAAUGAUGAGGUUCCUUGUGCUUUUCUUAAGCUUAAGAUUGGGUUUGAUGCAAGUGAAGGAGAAAUAAUUCAAUAUUGUAGUGAAAAAUUACCCAUACAAAUGAUACCUAAGGUUGUGGUUUUUGGGAACUUGGCUAUUAGUUCAACUGGAAAAGUGCAGAAAUUUAUUCUAAGGGAACUAGCCAAAUCCUUGAACAAUCAACCAGCGUCACUUCAUGACUUCAAUUCAUAAUGGAAAGGUAUUGUGCUCCAAUAUAUUAAUAAAGAGACAAUUAGGUUAUACUUAUCAAAUGCUAGCCAUCUUAUGAACUUUUUUCUUAUAACUUAUUAACUUUAAAUGUUACUACUUAAUAUCAUAAUUAUAAAUUAUAAUCAUACAUUUAGCUUUGUGGUUAUUGAUUAUACACUUACUAAAUACAAAGUAUUUAUUUUUUAUUGCCCGAAUAACGGUUUCUAUUUUUCUUGCACUUGUCAUCAUAUUUGUCUCUAAUUUAACAAAUGCGUAGAUUGUGGUUAUUGCUUAUCCUAUAUAUCACUGGCACACUUUUGCUGCUUCUCUUUUGACCAUGGCUUACAUAUAUAGAAAGUAUCUUUCACCGAUCGAUGCUAGAUUCAGACAUAAUUGUGAAGUAUAAUGAUGACUAAAUCACAAUUAUCAUAUUAGUUACUGUACAUAGUUUGUGUAAUCUCUUGAAGUACUCCUUAUCUUUAAUUAGGUAGUCAAAUUAUAUCCCUAACUCUUGGCUAAUGUACUAAUUUACACUUUGUGCCUUUGUACCUAGUCAUAGUUUGUUGAUCUUUAAUGCUCUAUUCAUGUACUCCCUCUGUUUUCGGCACAAUCUUAACCAUCAAUAUCUUUAAUUAGAAAUUAGUAAAAAAUAUGAAAAAAUUAAUCUAUAAAAGUAGACAUUAUGACAAAUUCAACAACAUAUUUAUAAGAUCAUAUUAUAUACUC